AUGCUCGGUACGCAGUCCAGCCGCGUGGCGACCGAGGGAGCAAACUACAAUACCCCGACAACGAACGCGAGCCUUACUCCUGCUAUCUCUCAGCCGGUCUUCGGACAGGAGACCUGCGCAUUGGAGCGUAGCGGGAAUGCGGAACCGGUCCUUGGCGUAACACUACGCUCGCCCUUGCCGCCUCUGACGCCGGUCUCAGUUGAUGCCAGCGUUGCUCCAGACUCUCGCUCGGCGAGUUGUACCGCUGCCGACAAGUGUUUGGCAAGACCUAUGCACGGGACAUCGGCUGGGGCAUCGAAAGCUCCUCGGUCUCGCCGUCAUGUUUUGGAUCCCGACAGCCCGGACAGGUUUGGCAUCUCCUUAGCUGACGACACAGGUGUCUGCGGCUACCCACCUAGCUGCAUACGUACGGACCCUGACGACAGUGACAGCAACGAAUUACCUCUGGUGCGAAGAUCUUGGAGGAGGCGACGCCUCUUCCGCCAGCGACCAGCGGCUCCGGAGGGUGGCCUUGACUGCCACGUUCCGGGCCUUGCCAGCCCCGAUAGAUCUGGCAGCUCCCCAGCUGACCACAAGCGUGUCUGUGGAUCUGUGCCCAGCUGUGUACCUGCGGAAGACAACGACGACGACGAUGUAGACGAACCACCUCUGGUACCAAACUUCUGGAAGAGGCGGCGUCUCUUGCACUGCAGAUCAGCCGCCCCAGAGGGCCGGACGUCGCACGCGAGCGAUACCGGGAGUGCUCGCACGGGCCAAGCUUCGGACACACCUUCGAUGCCGCCAUCAUCCAUUCCGGGAACUUCUUCGGUCUUGGAUCGCCACAUAACGCCGAGUCAGGCUGAGGCGGACGACGAGUCAGUACACUGGAGUCCUCUGGGUGGCGGUGAUGUCGGGACACUGCCUCCGCUCCUGCCAACAGCCCUUCCGGGCUUAUACUCGAGCAGUCCGGUGCGCAGCGUGCUCAAGCCAAGCGCCAAGCUGGUGACGCGGAAGUGCAAAGCAACCAGCACCGAUCAUAGUGACUCAUCGCCAACAGCAGGGGACAAUCGUACGCAGCGUCAGGCAAGGGCCCCCUGUCGCGUACGAUGUCCUGCUGUACGCGCAAGCUAUCGCAAAGGGUCGGACCGUGUGCGCGGCGCUACAAAGAGUACAAAUCGCUUUCGACGGGUCCGACGCCCCGUGGAGUCGGUCACCGUUACUCGGCGCGCGCAACCUGUUCAUCGCAUCGCAGAACCAAAGCUGACUACUGCAGAGACGAACUCUUGUAUCGCAGGACCAACGGUUGACGGAUCGCAGGCGGUCAUCGCAGCCGAACUAGUUCGCGGCGCUGCUCGCCAUCCGCCUCCUAGUACUGUCACGUCAUCCUCACAGCUGACCCGCCCGCCACGCCACGGUCACUCUAAUUAUACCCUAGCGGAGAACAAUCUGCUAGUGGAGCUGAAAUCCCGGGGGCUGUCGUGGCACGAGAUUCAAAAGUCCUUUCCUAAGAGGACUAUAGCUGCGUUAACGGUACACUUCUGCAGUCGCCUUAAGAGACAUAUGUGUUAG